AUGAAACGAUGGCAAGAUCGAGGCGAGGUGGAAGACUCAGAAGAUGACGAAGAACUCAGCCUGGAACUGGAAUCGCCCGAACACGAGCGCCCAUGGAAACGACCAAAACUUGACCACGGUUCGGGAGCUGUACAGAGUGAGAACAUCGCUCCAUGUCCGAUUCAUAGCGAGCGUCCCUUCACUGUCCAGGACGAUGAUGAUGAUGAUGGCUGGGCGGCGACCAAAGUGGCGAAGACCUACGGACGCAGGGCAAGGACGAAGGUGGCCGCAGCAUCUCCAGCAGGACUCGCAUUGCCCGGCGGAGAGCCCGAUGCAUUGGAGGCUGUCACUGAAAUCACUCCCGCGCAGAACUCGUCGGAAGGCCACCUUGCGCAAUCAGCGUCACCCAACGUCAACCUUCGGCUAUCUGCUCAGAUCUUGCCCACCGCACGCCAGGACGGGGGAGCUGCAAGCAGAAAUGAGUUCCUCCUCCAGCGCGGCCGACUUGGCUCUCCCGUGCGGACGGUCGCCCCCCUACAGCUGAAAUCCACAGCACUGCGCAAGAUUCCUCGCAAGCAACUCCAACAUGACAUAUCUGAACGCAGUCGCUCUUCCCCCGAGGACGAGCCACAACUUGCCGAAGACGUCUCAGGCAAUCCGGAUGAUCCUAAAAGCUCUACUGAAGCGAGCAUCCAAGUCUCUACGAACGAACACGAAUUUCCUCACAUCGAUGACCUGGUGUCAUCCCCACUGAGCGAGAGAGAGGUCUCGCCACCGGCAGAUUUCCUGCAGCGUGGGCGUGAUCGCGAGAUGGACGACGCUCUCGUGGACCGUGAUCUGGAUGUGGAGGCCGAUGCCCGCUCUCCUCAUUCUGCCGCGAAUGCUCGGCGGAAUUUCAGGACCCGGAAGGAGGUUCAGCUGCAUCCAUACAUGUUUGACAAGGCCCAGUACCAAAAGCAGUUCCGAGAACGAGGUCUGAAACCCAUUCGACUUAUUGAGCAGGACAUCCCCAAUGAAGAAACACAAUCUGCCUCCCAUAGUGAUGGUAGCCAACCUGCCAUCGCUAGCUCUGCAGCGUCCACGCAGAGUAUGAUAGCUGAGCCAAUUGGUGCAAAUCAGCAGGCAGACUUCAACACGGAUUUCUUCGACUUCCACGUCAGUUCUUCCGAAGAUGGAUCCGGUCUGGAGCCCGCCCAAAAUCAACGCAGAAAACUGAACUUCGUCAAGCAUAAAACGAAUCCUAGCUUCGAUGCGGUCGAUCAAUCGCGUCCGUCCUCUUCAGGCGCUGCAGAUCUGGGAAUUCCGCCCUCACCACCUGUGACUUCGAGUGAUGCAAGCACGCCUAGUCACGAGCAGAGUUCGACAGGUCAGCCAAGCUCCAGGCUUCGCUUGCCGCGAAGUCAUACACCGGUGCCACUUCCUACACCGCACGUCUCUUCCGAUGCGAAGGGCGCUGGCAGCGGCCGCCGCUCCCGCACGGAGCCACGCGAAUUACCUGUACCAUCUUCGCCCGAAGCAAGUUCUUCCGAGGAUGACGCAGAUGUCAAGGCUGCAAUCGAGGCGCGAAGACUACGCAGAGAGCAAAAGCGCAUCAAAGGUGUUCUGCCUGCGUCGUGGCUGAGGAUAGACUUCAGGAAUCAAACGCGUCAAGAAUCGCUAUCGCCCCCAAGGCGUCGACUCAGCACUGCUAGCCCUCCAAAAUCGGAGCCGCGAAAGGGAGUAGCGCGCAGAUUAACGACUGCGAGAUCGAGAUCGCCGGGUUCGCAGAAGCUGCGUGAGGAAGGCAUAGACAAUCCAGACUCCGAGGCAUCGGUCGAAGAAGUCGGAGGGCCAGCUUAUCGCUCUGCCGGUAUAGACAACACUCGAAAUAUCUUGGCCUACGGCGGGAGGGUCGUCGACGAGGACGAUGAUAUGGAGAACGACUUUGUCGACCCGAUGCUCGCAGGCAACGGGUUCACGCAACGACGAGCACCCAAAGACCAAAGACGAAAGCAGCCCUUGAUCACUCAAGCCUUCCACAAGACUCCGAGAGAUCACACGGCCUUCUCGAAUGAGCGGCCUGCGCACAAAAGUGUUCGCACUGGACUUGGCUCGCACCGUGGAGCGCAGCGCAAGCGUCAACCAGACUCCAACCGAGCAUACGCCCGUGCCAGUCGAUUGAGCAUCGCUGACGCUCCAAUAUCAUCCUCUGCUACCACCACCGACUUACCGCAGUUUGUGCGUCUUGCAUUGCGGCGCACACGAAAGAGCCUUGACCAGGGUCGUCAUUCACCCACAUACAAAUUCGUGCGACUAGCCACUGCCGAGGACACGAAGGAAGCAGCUUCUGUAUUGCAUGCAUGGCGGAAUGGUUCUUUAACUCCUCGUCAGCCAUCGCCGAACGCGACGCGCCGUGUCCCAGCAUCGUCCGUUGAUCAUCAACGCAGCACAUUCCCGGAUAUGAUGGGCCAUCUAUCGUUGCCGCCAGACGCACCCAGCAGGUCGCUCGUUUCCAGGCCACCCGGAAAACGCAGGCCUAUGGUGCGACAGAUGAGAAUCAACGAUCAUGCAUUCGGCGAUAGCACGCCCGCGAACGCGCCGACGACAGCUGCGCGAAGCCAUCCAAGGCCGCGGGUGCCCAGACAAUCGAACUUACCUCGUCUGCGUGGAGGACAACUCGAGACGCUCGAGAGCGACUUCAUCUCUGCGCACCGUUCCGCCGCUUUCGGGAAUCGCAUGCAUCACUUGACAGAGACUACAGCUCUACCAGAAGACCGCAUCGUAACCUCUGGCUUCCAUUUAGCAAGAUUUCUCGGCGAGGGCGAUGAGACCAGUGGACCGUUACGAACUGGACCUCUGACCCAACUCAACGAGGCCACAGGUGGCACAAUCAUGGACGUUGAGCAGGUAGCCCAGCGCCUGCCACAUCGAAAGAGAAAAGCGCUUGCUCGUCGUAUCAAUGCGGAUGCGCGUGAGUAUCGACAACCGAGUGAGCCGUUGCCCGACAUUGUAGCCACCACAGAAAGUGUACAGCCAAUGCGUAAUGUCGUCGGAGAAGUGCUUCAAGGCUUGGGCUCAUUCGGUACACGGUACCCUGUCGAUUUCGACAUCCGGCCUAUGCCGGCUGGCACUUUGUUUCAGCACACCACAUUCAUUGGCAGCGGUGAAUUCAACGACGCGCUGAAGCUAUCACAGCGUGACUUGUCGCACGAUGUCGGCCGAAUCCAUGUCCGCAUCGGGGUUCAGAUCCACGAAUGGGGGCCUUGGACUGAGGAUGUCGCUGCUCAAUUCGCUCGCAUCCCUCAGGUCGUCGACGAUGCGUUGAGCGAGCUGUACCGCCUUGAACCAGAUAAGCGUGAUCAGGAGAGAGCCGUGAUAGAUCGCAACGUCGACUACCUGCUUCGGUCCGUUAUGCGGUACUGCUCGAAGUGUCUCUGGUUCCUGGACGUUGUAGAUCGCCAGUCAUGCGUUCAGAGUCUCUGUUGCCUCGUGGCUCACUUGACCGAUGUGCUCGGGCAGCGCGUGGGUGCGUCGGCACCAUUGCCACAAACGAUCACUCGCAUUGCUCAGUAUCAGCUUGUGAUCGCAAAGCUAGCCUGUCAACUAAGCGAUCAUUCUGUUGUCGGCCCGGAUAUCAAGAAGGACGCCGACCAGCUGCUCUCUCGCACAUCUCUGCACCUUGCCCGAACUGGGGUGAUGGGCCAAUUCAGGGACCUGAGAAAUUGCUAUGAGCAUAUACGGUCCGAUCCCAUUCACGCAGCGGGUAUCGACGGCGAGGCGUGGACAUUGAGCAGCUGUGUCAUUCUCAGCCACGUCGUGCGUGACGGCCAUCGUUCCAAAGCUCUGUUUUGGGAGACCAUCUUCACAGCGAUGGACAUCAAUGUCUCUCAAACAUGUGCGGUCCAGGAGUUUGAGACGGUCUGGUACAGCAUCUUCACCCUGCUUCCGGCUUUGGAAUUCGAUGCCAUGGGAAUCGUACGUGUCGGUAGCAGACUGACAUCGAGCCAAGAUGGUUGGAGUCUGCCUCAAAGGCUCAUCAGCAGGGUUUUCGAGUUGUACGAGACUUCCAGCAAUGUUCGCGGCUACAGCGUCAACGAGUACAUGCGGGCAAUUCUUCAAAGGUGCCAUCACCUUGUGAGCGGAUGGGGAUGGUGGAGGUGCGAAUCCGUCGUUACCCUUAUAUACGACUUCUUCAGUCGCAGAGGGCUGUCACUCUUGAACAAGGAAGAAAGCCGUGGCUCUCCGAAAUUUCUAAAUCUGCUCGGCACUCAAGAGGUGACCCUUGAAGUCCAGUCGGACGACAAUUCAUUUCACAUGUUCCUGAAAAUCUUGGCCACCGGAUUGCUGGGAAUGCACAAAUACCAGAUCUACCCGGACCGCAAGACCCAAGGAUUUGCAUGGCGAUUCAUACCGAACCACAACAGAACGUACCGGAAGGACGUCGACGUCGAGCGCGCAGCCUUGGACUCUCUGCGCAACCACCACGAUCUGCUCUGCACGCUGUACUUCGCGUUGCCUUCCGGGCAUCGCCCAGGAGUCCAUCUCCUGCGCGCGCUCGUCGAUCAUACCUCAUCGCAUCGUGAAGCAUGUCGCCUCAACGUUCGAUCAUGGGCCCAUCUCGCAAGCUACCAAGUAUCAACAUCGGAAAGUCGGUCUGAAGUGCUGCCACUGACCAGCUGGUACACGGACGUCGUAGCCGCUACAAUGGCACAAUACCGCCUGGCAAAGUCCGAGGCCCAGUCCGACUUUAUUCGAGCCAAAGAAGAAGGCGCAAAGCCUAGCGAGACUCUACUAGAAACGACCGUGGCCAACAAUCAAAGGCAGAUCGCUGCGACACUUGUAGACGCUCUCGCGGGCCUCAAGCGAGCCGUUUCAUCCGCUAGCAGUUUGGCCAUGGCCAUGUCGUUAGUGGAGGGCACUGCAUUCUGGGAUGUCUUCGAAUUGUUUGAUCCAAACCAGCGUCGCUUGAUCAGCUCCAUGAAAGAGGGUUUGGACGUGGUCAGCGCUGCACUCGACGCUGAGCGAAAGUUCGGCAACAAUAGCAUCAGCCAAAGCUUUUCCGAGGACAGUCAGGAGUUUGGCGAUUUCAGUGCGCUGCAAGAGUUCGCCACCAACGAUGAGGCGCAUGGCGGUACAUGCUCAUCUCUGGCCGGCAUACUUCUGUCGCCAGUUGGAAAAUUCGUCUCCAACGUGCUGGGUGCCGAUGUGGCGCCUGAUGACUCUCUAUUGCAACAUGUCGUGGACGUUUGGGUUCGAGUUGCGAGCAUGACGGUCAAGAAGCUGGGCAAACACUGGUUGAGCUACCUUGACGAGUACAGCGCUACAGGCUGGGCACAGAUGCGCGAUACCGCUCAGAAGCGAAAGUUCACUGCCUACUUCAUUUCGCGCGUUGUGGAGCUCUCGGAAAAUGACAAUGAGGUUCGACAGCACGUGUUGACAGCAUGGCUACAAUCAAUGGUGGAAAGGGAAGCUUUGCUGAAGUUCCAACAUGUGUUGACUUCCGCUCUGCUCAAUCAUCGCGCGCAUGACCCGUUGCUUGAGAACCUGCCCUUCGCUAAGGACACAACAUCCGGACUGUACAACAUCUCGAUUGCUGAGAUACGUCAAAGGCGCCUUGCCCUGAUCUCAGCUGUAUUGUGCAAUAUGCGACAGACCUACGAAGGUGUGGAGCGCAAGCGAGUCGACUCUUUCCAGGAGGCCCGAAGGAUGCACAUCGCAAUGCUGCAACGGGUCAUGCAGACCAUGAAGAGCAACUACGGAGAGCUACAGACCUCUCGCGCACGACCAAGCUCUGAGGACAGCGGUCAGGGCGCGUAUGUCGAAUUUGUUCAGCAAGUCGUCUCCUUCCUGCAACAACAUACCGCAGACAUUUGCCCCGUCGAUCGAUUUUUCACCGACUCCGGUGCAUUUCCGUUGCCAGUGGACGAUCCAACGUACGUUAUAGGGAAGCUUCGGCGUUACGUACCAAAGCUCGGCGACCCAGGAACGCGCAAGGCUCUAGCAGUUUUCGUCCACACUGUCGUAGAAAGGGCUGUGCUCGAGCAGCAGCAGCAGUACCUUGUCAAUCAGAUGGCCAUCGCCGUCAAAGGCGUCCUCGAAUACGGCAACGUGCAGCGUCCGACCUUGCGUCAGGUACUGCUCACGUCCAUAUUCCCUGCCUACAUCGAGAAUGCUUUGCAGACGGCUCACUCCUGGAUACCACUCAUGCCAAUCUUGCAGGCCUGCCAGCGCAUUGUCCCGGAGCUCUUGUACUCGAUUCAGAUUCAGGACGAGCGCAGCGUUCUCGCCGUGAUCGACAGCAUGAUGGCCGUGUUGCAAAGCAUCAAUCGGGAAUGUCACCGAAUCCUGGUUGGCAUCAAGGAGUGGGUCGACCUCCCUCACGUAUUGAAAACACUCUGCACAAUGGUCGCAGUUGGCACGUCUUCGUUCACGGUGAUUUCCUACAUUGCGCGAGCGACUUCGCUCGGCUCAGAGCUCAAGGAGGAGAUGCACUACCUCCGUAAGAUGUUGUCGAUGGUUGAGGCGCGGCUCCGUGGCAGCGGCGAAGUGGAUGUCUUUGUCCCUCCUCUCCCCCUACCGCACGAUUUCGAAUACACAUGGCAAGACACAAGAGAUUACGUUGAAAAGCAGGUUGAAGAACCACAAGUUCCGACAUGGCGCAAUCGAGAGGGGAGCUACGAGAUACGGAGAAAUGGCAGCUGGAAAGAGGUGGUUGUGGAUCUGCAAAGCAUCGCAUCGGAGCGUGCGAGUUUGCUGAAGGAAGUGGAGGAGUUUGGAAGAUCGUAUCAUGCAACAUUCAGCAUUCGGUCGCGGAGAACACGGUCAGAAAAGGAAAUAGGUUGCAUCUAUAUAUGA